AUGGAUUGGCACAUGAAGAAGCUUGGAAAGGAGAGCAUGAUGUUUUUACAACAAGAAUCACCCAAUGAGAAGAGGGAUGUUCAUGGAGGAAGAAAUUAUCAGCAACCACCUCACAAGAGAAGAAUGGAGCCAAGGAGCAACUUUGAAGAUUUGAUAACUUUCAUCAAGAGUUCUCAUAGAGAGCAUACAGCCUUGAUUGAUGAGAGAUUGGAAGAGAAGAAGGUGCUACCAGGAAAAGUGGAAAUCAAUCCAAGGAGAGCAGCUGUAGCAGCUAUCACUCUUAGGAAUGGAAAAGGGUAUGAGCCGCCAGCAUACCCAGAUCAAGAGGAAGCAAAGCCGCCAAUCAAGAAGAAACCAAUGGAGUAUGUUAUUAUUGGAGAUGGGACUGAACCACCUAAGGAAGUCCAUGUCAGAAUAGAACCAGGAACUCAGGAGGAAGUGGAGAAGCCACCUGAAGAACCAAGAGUGUAUGAGCCAAAGAUCCCAUACAGAAAUGUUCUUUCUCAACCCAAGAAGGAGAAGGAGCAAGCAAAGCUCAAGGAUCUUGUUAGCCAACUUUCAGUAAGGUUGCCUUUCAUUGAUGCCUGCCAAUAA